CCUAGUAGCCAUAGAUUCUCAAAGCUCAAACCUUUACUCUUUUUUCUUGCUCAACCACACUCACCAAGUCUCUAACUAUUACAACACGACACGUGGCAAUAAAUUAGAUCGUCUUCCUCCUUAAAAUUUAGGGUUUUAAUGGUUUUAUACACAGAGCAGCUACUACUAACAAAAGGCGUCACCUUUUUCAAAGACUUCACCUUUAUCAAAACCCAGAAGAAGCCAGCUCGGAUUUCAGUAACCCAGAAGAGCCCAGGUGAGAUUUCGAUGGAAAAAGGUGGGCUGGAUUCCGAUGGCCGGGAGUUCAAGACGGCGGAGGAGAUGUGGAGGGAGGAGGUGGGAGACGAGAGCAAGAAGACAGAGUGGUACAGAGAAGGAGUUGGGUACUGGGAAGGUGUGGAGGCUUCGAAUGAUGGAGUGUUGGGUGGGUAUGGGCAUGUGAGUGAGGCUGACAUAAGAGACAGUGAAGCUUUUCUUAACGGGCUUCUCUCUGAGAUUGUUCCCAAUGCUGCUAAUGGCCAACGUCACCUUGUUGCUCUUGAUUGUGGUUCUGGUAUUGGGAGGAUCACAAAGAAUCUUCUCAUAAGAUACUUCAAUGAGGUUGAUCUUCUGGAGCCUGUGUCACAUUUUCUAGAAACAGCUCGCGAGAGUUUGGCUCCUGAAAAUCUGAUGGUUUCUGAUAUGUACAGAGCUGCUAAUUUUUUCUGCGUGCCUCUUCAGGAAUUCACACCAGAAGCAGGAAGAUAUGAUAUCAUAUGGGUUCAGUGGUGUAUUGGGCAUCUCACAGAUGAAGACUUUGUAUCAUUCUUUACAAGAGCAAAGGUUGGACUAAAACCAGGUGGUUUAUUUGUCCUUAAGGAAAAUAUUGCUAGAACGGGAGGAUUCGUGUUAGACAAAGAAGAUCGGAGCAUCACGAGGUCUGAUUCGUACUUUAAGGAGCUCUUCUGCCAGUGUGGACUUCAUCUUUACAAAAUAAAGGAUCAAAAGGGAUGGCCUCAGGAACUGUUUGCAGUGAAAAUGUAUGCGUUAACUACUGAGUUACCUAAGAAGGUCCACCGAACUAGAUCUAAGGUGCAAACCAAUAGACCAGCAAUCAUCAAGUGAGAAAUUCUCUCUUUAACUUGCUAAUUAUAUUUGCCCCGCCAGAUAUUUGCUUCUGAAACUUUUGUAACAUGCCAUAAUUUUUUGCGCAUGCAUGUGCUACCCUAAGUAUGUGAGAACUCAAUUGUAUUCAGCCACAGCGGCAUUUAAUGUGCUUAAUGGUGCACUUAUUUUUUUUUACCUCUUGUAUAUAAGGUGCAUGCUAG